AUGGAAUCCCUAAUAGAGAAGGCAAACCGUGGUGGUUACGUUUUAACAGCAGAUAAUAGACAACAUUGGAAAUACGAUUGGUUUACACCUCUAAAGAAGAAUGAAGUUUCACAAGAAAGAGUUAACAUGGAUCCAAAUUCAAUGGAAAAUGAGGAAUCUAAGUAUCCUUUCAAGUACAAGACAUGGCUGAAGGCAGAUGUUUCUGAUUUCCACGAUAAUAAAGAGGAAUUAGAUGUAUUGGAUUUAUCUAAAUAUGAUAGAACUAAAAAAUUAGUGGUAACAAAUGGUGUAAGUGUUACGGAAGAUGAUCAAUCCAGUUUAACAAUGGCUGAUAUUAGGGGAGCUGUUGGUGGUAGUGAGUCUAUUCCAGGUUUAUCCAAGACUGAUGCGGUUACUGAACAACCAGCCGUCACCAUUGAUGCUUCAGUUACUGAAACCAACACACCAGCUCCAACUGAAGAGCUACAGGAACUAAAGGAAACUCCUGUCGAAGAGCAAGAAGAACCAAAGGAUGUCUCAAUGGACAAUGAAGAAUCUAACGAUGUAUCUGCCAAUAAUGAUCAAGAUUCCAAUAACGUCUCCACAACAAAUGAUCAAGAACCAAAAGCUGAUGUUGAUGAGGAUGUCAGUAUGACCGAUGCUUAA